AUGUCGGAUGAUGAGAUCGAUGAGAUCAAACAUGAGAAGUUACUGGCAAGUGUGCUUGGCAAGAAGGAACAGGCGGCAGUGCGAAAAUCCACAGCCAAAAUCAGUAGCGAUGUUCUCAUAAAUUCUGUAAAGCAAUCAAAAGUUUCUACGGCUUUGGCGAAAAAGAAGUUAGAAGAAGAGAAAAAGGAAAAAGCUCAAGUAGGAGCAAGUCAAACAGUGGCCGUUCCUGUGCAUCGACAAGCAAGCGAACGAAUAAGAGGAGCUGUGGGCUUUAUUGAAUUGAAAAAAGACCUAAAAGUAUGGAAUGAUGUGGUAAAAAGCAAUCGUUUGGCCGAUCAACUUUCUUUCCCUCUAAAUGAGGAGACAAUGCUUGCAACGGAGAAAGCUGCAGACAGAGCUGAAGCUUUCAAGCCAAAAACAGAUUUUGAAAAGAAGAUGAUGGAGAUGUGGACCGGAUCGAAAAAUAACAUGACGAAUGACACUGUGUAUACAGAGGCGGAAAUGGAGAUUAUUCGAGCCAUGGAUGUUAAAGAGGCGAAAGAGAGGUUGAAUCAAAUGCAGAAGAUGCGAGCUCUGAUCAGCUACCGAGAAGCCAAGUAUCGAUACGCAGCUAAAAUAAAAUCUAAAGGAUAUCAUCGCAUAUUAAAGCGACAGAAGCGAAAACAACUGAUUAAGGAAUUUGAUGAACUGUUAAUUCGUGAUCCUGAAGCAGCAAAAGAGAAGCUGAUAGAAUUGGAAAAUCAGAGAGUUAUAGAACGUGGAUCAUUAAAGCAUCGUGCUCGAACCAAAUUUCAACAGGAUAUAGUGAAGUAUGCAGGACGUGAUUCCCGUGCCAAACAGGUGUUGGAGGAACACCUCAGGUUGGGUCGAGACCUUAAAUCAAAAGUUCCCAUGGAAUCUGAUGAUAGCGAUGAAGAAGAAGAGAAGGACGAGGAGAAAAAAAUGAGCGUUUCUGAGAUGAUAAAGAGUGCAGCGGUUGCUGCAGCAAAGAGUGACGGUACAUCAUGUGGACCUGUAGAAGAUGGUGAAGAAGCGAAUAAAGCUCGCAUAGCUUUGUUCGAGCUUCGCGCCAAAAAACGUCGCGAGUUAGAAGCGGCAAAGUCGCGAGCAGCAAAGAAGCCUGUGGACUCCGAACCAACUUUCGAACAAGAAAGUGACUGGACAUUUGUUCCUUCUUCGGCAAAAGCUCACUCCGAAUCUGUAGGUGAAGAUGAGCAAAACGAGUCCAGUCCAUCGCAAGAAAAAAAUGAAGUUGAAACGUGUGAUGCUGCCGAAGCAACACUAGUCAAUGAGGAAAGUCGGAGUGAUGACCCCUCAACAACGGGUAAACCAGAAAGUAGGAAAACGAAGAAGAUGAAGAAGAGAAAAAGAGAAAAAACGAUCCAGAAAGAAUGUACCACAAAAGAUAUUGAUGAACUGUUUGAUGCUGCCGAAGAGAAGGUCGUGGAAGGCUUGAAAGAAGCGGCUAAGCAGAUUCGAGACGAAGAGGAAACUGAGACGAGUGUACCAAAAGAGAAGAGAAAAAAAACUGCAAAGUUGAAAAAAGAACAGAAAAAGGAAAAUGAAGCAGUCGAUAUUUCGUUAGAUCCAAAACAUUUCUUACAAGUGGAAACAACCAAUUUGUCUAAAGUUUCCUCCGAGCUGGUCGAAAAGAUGGAUGAAUUCGAUGAAGAUCAAGCUCAUGCUGUGGCGGAAGCGUUCAAAGAUGAUGACGUCAUUGGCGAUUUUGAGGAGGACAAGGAAUUCAUUGAAGAAGGUGAGCGGCCGAAAGAUGUGGAUCUCACACUACAAGGCUGGGGAUGCUGGGUAGGACCCGGAAUGACUGAGCGAAAGAGGAGGAAACAAUUUGUAGUGAAAGCACGGCAAAAGAAACGAAAAGACAUGAACAGACCUGGAGUGAUCAUCAAGGAAGUGCAAGAGACGACUAUCAGCAAAUUGCAACCGAACACUCUCCCCUUCCCAUACACUAGCGUUGUCGAUUUCGAAACAAUGGUUUCGCAACCAAUCGGCAAGGAAUGGAAUCCGAUUACUGUCACGGAAGAUCUAUGCAAACCAGCUGUAAUUACUCAGGGCGGCCGAUCGAUAAGACCAAUGAAGAAGGAAGAAGUUUUAGCCGGAAAAUUGGUUAUAGAUGAGUGA